AUGUUCUAUAAUUUAUUUAGUAAAACAUAUAAUCUGUGGCGCUUGAUUUCUUGGAUUGUCGGCUUACGGCAUCGUGUCCAUGGAACGGAAAACCUAAUCACUGAUGGCCCAAGGAUACUUGUUGUUAACCAUCAAAGUGCUCUAGAUAUUCCGGCUCUUCUUUAUGUCUGGCCGAAACGCUCUACGUUUGUUGCUAAACAGUCAAUAGCUACGUAUGCAUCUUUCGGUUUACUUGUUUGGCUUAUGAAAGGCAUCCUCAUUAAUCGGUCCAAUCGCACAAGAGGAAAAGGAAUGUCUGGUUUACUCCCUUUCAAAAAAGGUGCCUUUCAUCUCGCCGUGAAAGCUCAGGUUCCAAUUCAGCCUAUUGUGAUCGGUCCAUACACAGGUUUCGAUGUCUCAAAGAGAAUAGCCAAAGGUUGCUUUUGUGAUAUUUUUGUAUUGCCCCCUAUUUAUACUACUGAUCUGACAAAUGAUGAUGUAGCCAGCCUUACAGAUAAAGUUCACAAACAGAUGUCUGAUAUGUACAUGUCCUGCCAUUCUUCAAAAUUUUAA